AUGAAGGCCUACUUCGCCCCCUCGGACUCUGGCAAAUGGCGCGGCCGACGUCGCACCACGUUGCCGGUCGUCCUUGAUCAUGACCUCGUUGCCAGAGGAUGCGGACUCCGACUUCAGACGGACAGGGACCUGGAAAAGCUUCGAACACUCGCCCAGGACAGACGGAAACCUCAUGACUAG